AUUUGGUAUUCCAAACGAAGUUGAACCGAUUAUUGAAUUUAUGCCGAUAUCUUCCAGCACAGAAGAGGAAGAAGCAUUGAAGUACUUGUCAAAAAUUUAAACAUAAAAGAAAAUAUAGCAGAGACCGAGAAAAGUAUCUAGGACGAAAAGAAUCCUAGAAAAGUAUCUAGGAAGCUGUAAAGUUGAAAAAUUAAAUAUAGAAAUGUGUUGUUAAUAAAUAAAUAAAUAAUUAACAUUAAGGAAAUGUAAUAAAAUAAAAUAUAUACACAAAUAGAGCAUAAAAUUACACACAAUACAGAAACGAAACGACAUAACAACGAAGAAACGAACGCACCCCUAAAUAAAAGUGAGUUGUGUGUUUGUGUGAGGUGUUUUUCUUUUCUGCUUCGGUUUUUUUUUUCUCUCGUGAACAAGUGAAUGGUGAAAACACGAUGCAAAUAAAUGUUCUGUGAAGAGAGUGUAAAGAUUUCAUAGACUACAACACACACUUACAGCUCUUCCAGUUACUUUCUAUAUACAUAUAUCUACAACAUCUACGACAACAAACUCCGUUCGAUAUGGUUCACUUAGUUGGUUCCUGGCACCGUAUCCUACUGGAGAUGCUGCUCAUCUAUCACUUGAAAGUAUUUGAAGUAAGAUGUUUACGAGGCAUGAGAAUUCGUGCACCAUCAACAGUUUUGAGUGGUCAACCAAUAAACUUGGCGUGUGAAUAUGAUUUAAUGCGAACACCACUAUAUUCAAUAAAAUGGUAUCAUGAUGAACAAGAAUUUUUCCGAUUUGUACCAAAAGAAGAUCCGCCUGGUCAAGCUUUUAUUGUAGAUCCAGCAAUUAUUGUCGAUAUUGAAAAAUCAAAUGCACAUGAAGUACACAUUCCAACAUCACAACGCUCCUUAUCUGGCACAUAUAAAUGUGAAGUAACAGCCGAUGCUCCACUAUUUCAUACAGAUAUCAAAAGUGCAAAUAUCAAUGUUUUUGAGAUAAUACCAACAAAUGGUGUACCUGAAGUAUAUACUGACCACAAUGAUGUUGCUCCUGGCCAAACAGUUCAUUUCACAUGCAGAACACCAUUAUUCAAUAUACAACCAAAUAUCACAUGGUAUAUACAAAAUGAAAAAAUACAUGGAACAUCUGCUUUCGAUCCAAUGGUAACAUCCAUUGAAGAAAGUUUUGUACAUAAAGGAAUGUAUUCAACACGAUCCGAUCUUAAUUUAAAUUUGGAAUUUAAAGAAGAAGAGAUACAAAUAACUUGUUCUGUCACUCUAUUCGAUAUUUAUAACAAAAGUAGUUCAUUGAAGCUACGUGCAUUAUCACCACCGCCAGCACCUAUAAUGGGACCUACAGCACCGUUAGGUCUCAGUGAUAUUCAUAGUCAACCAACAAAUAAAGGAUUAUCACUUCAUUAUCGUAAAUCAUCAACAAAUACAGGCAUUGGUCAUAGAAUAUUGUUAUUAUUAAUUUCAAUACUAUCAAUCUAUUUUCAUAGCAUGGUAAUUUUUGUGAUGUCUAGAUAAAUAAUA